CAGCCUCCGCGUAACGUGGAAAUGGUGGUGUGCAGUAGGUGUGGAACCGCCAGGAGCCGAAGGCUUAAUAAAUCCGGGGCUUGAGAGGACAGUCCCGAGCUGCUCUCCUUCACUCAAUGCUUCGUUUUAGGCGGUGGGAGUAAAUAACAAAGUCUGUCCUAAAGUCGGGAGUUGUGGGUGAAUAGGAGUUAAAGAAGGAGACACUUCGAGAGAGUGGUAAAUCCCGUGAAAGAAACGGAACUGGAUGGCCUGAGGCCUCAUUUAGGUUUCACGGGCAGAGGCGGCUUCUGUGCAGACGUGAGGUUUGAACCGAGGAACGCAAGGAAGACAUCCAGAGUCCAGGCACAGCAUUCUUGUAAAGGCCCUGGAGAAUUGGUGUGACUGAAAGCAGGCCAGUUGGAACUAUUAGAGUUCAUUGUCCUUUCCAUUAUCCCCCACCGCCUCCAGGCCAGAGUCUGAAAUACUGCCCGCAAACGUAAUGGAGAACGAAUCUCCAAUUUAAUAAUAAAAAGAAGCCAGCGCGCCGGGGAAUAUAGAGCCAUCAAAUGAAUGCUGGGGAAUACAUGACUUGGGGAAAGCCUCAGUCACUUUACUCACAUCAAAUCCUCUGUCAUCCUCUUACCUUCCUCCAAUUCAUAAGAUAUUUACUGAGCCCCUCUAAUACCCCAGGCAGUGUGGCGGUACAGAGAUGACUAAGACACCGAUCCUCAGGUUCUCUAAUGAUCUUGCUUCACCAUGGCCACAAAUAUGGAGGGGCUGGUUCAGCACAGAGUGGGGACCCCGCAGGUGGCUGAGGUACCACGUCCGCAGACCUCACGGCCAGAAUCUCCAGGGAUGACCAGCCCCUCCCCGCGCAUCCAGAUAAUCUCCACCGACUCAGCGGUAGCCUCACCUCAGCGCAUUCAGAUUGUGACAGACCAGCAGACAGGACAGAAGAUCCAGAUUGUCACCGCAGUGGACGCCUCUGGGUCUCCCAAGCAGCAGUUCAUCCUGACCAGCCCAGAUGGAGCUGGAACUGGGAAGGUGAUCCUGGCUUCCCCAGAGACGUCCAGCGCCAAGCAGCUCAUCUUUACCACCUCGGACAAUCUCGUCCCCGGCAGGAUCCAAAUCGUCACGGAUUCUGCUUCUGUGGAGCGCUUGCUCGGGAAGGCGGACGUCCAGCGGCCCCAGGUGGUGGAGUACUGUGUAGUCUGUGGGGACAAAGCCUCCGGCACUAUGGGGCUGUCAGUUGUGAAGGCUGCAAAGGUUUCUUCAAAAGGAGCGUGAGGAAAAAUUUAACCUACAGCUGCCGGAGCAACCAAGACUGCAUCAUCAAUAAACACCACCGGAACCGCUGUCAGUUCUGCCGGCUGAAAAAAUGCUUAGAGAUGGGCAUGAAGAUGGAAUCUGUGCAGAGUGAACGGAAGCCCUUUGAUGUGCAACGGGAGAAGCCAAGCAAUUGCGCUGCUUCGACUGAGAAAAUCUAUAUCCGGAAGGACCUGAGAAGUCCUCUGAUAGCCACUCCCACGUUUGUGGCAGACAAAGAUGGAGCAAGACAAACAGGUCUUCUUGAUCCAGGGAUGCUUGUGAACAUCCAGCAGCCUUUGAUACGUGACGAUGGUACGGUUCUCCUGGCCGCGGAUUCCAAGGCUGAAACCAGCCAGGGAGCUCUGGGCACACUGGCAAAUGUGGUGACCUCCCUUGCCAACCUGAGUGAGUCCUUGAACAAUGGAGACACUUCUGAAAUCCAGCCGGAGGACCAGUCUGCGAGUGAGAUCACUCGAGCAUUUGAUACCUUAGCGAAAGCACUUAGUACCACGGACAGCGCCUCACCUCCAAGCCUGGCAGAUGGGCUGGACAGCAGUGGGGGAGGGAGCAUCCACGUCAUCAGCCGAGACCAGUCGACGCCCAUCAUCGAGGUGGAAGGCCCCCUCCUCUCAGACACGCACGUCACAUUUAAGCUGACGAUGCCCAGCCCGAUGCCGGAGUACCUCAACGUGCACUACAUCUGCGAGUCCGCAUCCCGUCUGCUCUUCCUCUCGAUGCACUGGGCCAGGUCGAUCCCGGCCUUCCAGGCACUUGGGCAGGACUGCAACACCAGCCUCGUGCGGGCCUGCUGGAACGAGCUCUUCACCCUCGGCCUGGCCCAGUGUGCCCAGGUCAUGAGCCUCUCCACCAUCCUGGCCGCCAUCGUCAACCACCUACAGAACAGCAUGCAGGAAGACAAACUCUCCGGCGACCGGAUAAAGCAAGUCAUGGAGCACAUCUGGAAGCUGCAGGAGUUCUGCAACAGCAUGGCGAGGCUGGAUGUGGACGGCUAUGAGUACGCAUACCUUAAAGCUAUAGUUCUCUUUAGCCCCGAUCAUCCAGGUCUGAGCAGCACAAGCCAGAUUGAAAAGUUCCAAGAAAAAGCGCAGAUGGAGCUGCAGGACUACGUUCAGAAGACCUACUCCGAAGACACCUACCGCCUGGCAAGGAUCCUCGUCCGCCUGCCGGCGCUCCGGCUCAUGAGCUCCAACAUAACAGAAGAGCUGUUCUUCACCGGCCUCAUCGGCAACGUGUCCAUAGACAGCAUAAUCCCCUACAUCCUCAAGAUGGAGACGGCGGAGUACAACGGCCAGAUCACCGGGGCCAGCCUAUAGUGCCGGGCGCACGCCCGCGAGGCGCGGGCACCUCCCCGGACACUGCAGACACACAGGAAGUAAAGCAGUGCUAUUUUGGUAUGUGCAAAUAUUUCCAGUAUGUUAGCCACUUCCUGCCUGGUUUCUUACCUGUUAAUCCCAGACAGUAGCCUAAAAAAGACUAGUAGGACCCUUCCUGCCAUAAGAAGCGUUUUGAUGCCUUUUGAUGAAAUAGAUUUUGGAGCAAUCUUUUAACUCAAUUUGUAUUUAGAAAUUCUCAAAGGGCAAAAAACAAAGUUUUUUAACGCCAGAGACUAGUAUUAAAAACAAACAAAAAAAAGAACUGAAAGAACCUACUAGAACAGUGUGUAUAUACAUAUAAAUAUAUAUAUAUAUAUAUAUAUAAAAAUAUAUAUAAAAUGUCCUUGGAAUGAAUAGCUACUAAUUACCAGGGUAAUACCAUGAGCACUUUCUAAGCACUUCUCAAUGAAAUGUUAGCAACACCUCGCCUGUGGUCAGGGCACAUGGAAAAGUGUGCAUAUGUCUUUGGCCGAAAUGCUAAUGGUUUCUGUGAAAACUCAGUAGGGUACGGGAGACAAUCAUUUAUGCUUAAAAGAAGGCAUCACUCCUAGUGGGGCACUAUCGGUGAUGUCGAGCCGAUUCCUGUCAAUGCAAGUGGGGCUCGGGUGCCUCGGGCAGUCACUGGGAGUGUGGUGACCCAAACCGGAAGCUUCUGCCCGAGAGCUGGCGCCUGUCGGGUGCACCGGCCAUUUGGUCUGUGACAGGCACCUGCAGACUCCUGCAGAACCUGGGCUGCUCUUCUGAUGACCGGUUUUCGGAACUAAUGGCAACCGGACAGAUGUCAACUGCCAAACAAGACGGGCAGUUCCCUGCAACGGAAACGCCCCAGGACCGCCUCCGCCAUCAUGGCACGUGGCUCCUCCUGACCCAAACAUGCGAGGUGGGCGUUUCGAGCCCUGCACCAUGCUUCCGGACCCCCCUGCGGGGCAGCUGCACGCCAUCCAGACAGAGGCUGUGUCCUCGUAGUGCGCGGGUUUCCAUGGCAGACGCGUCCCCCCAGCCCCAGCCCACCCCCCGGAAGGGCCCACGAUUCUGCAGGCCAGCCAGCACGGAGCUGGACUAGGGCUACACAAGACUGUUCCCCCCCCCC